CGAGUGUCAAAGUUUUCACUGAAAAAAAGGAUUUCUUAGAAUUCAUCGUUUGAUUUAAAUAAAAAAAUUCCUAACUCUUGCGACGCUGUCGCCAGCCCACGCCUUCUGGUGGGCGCCGCCGGCAGCAUCAACAACAACCGCAACACCGCCGACGCUGCAUCUGAAAGAAAUACCGCUUACCUAUUUUCGCACAUACACCUACCAACCCAUGCCGGGCAAUGCUUUUGCCGCCUUUAAUUACUAUCAUCCUCCGACGAGCGCUUUGCAAUCACCGCUUUUGGCGGGUACCGCGCGAUACGAUCAUGCUGCUUAUAUGCAUGGCAACGCUUACCCGAUAAAUGUAGCUGUGCCGCAGCAGCAGCCGCAACAGCAGCUUCAAGGACAUUCAAGUAUCGCUGGAAUGCUGCCGCAAAUGUAUGCCUUGCCACAACAAUUGCCAGUGUUGCAUGUGAAACCGCUACAAAGUCCCAUAACCACUAGUACUAGCACAGCGCGGCCCACGACAGCCAGCACUAGCACCAGCACCAGUACGACGACUACAACGACAACAACAACCACAACACCACCACCACCACCACCACCGCCGACAACGACAUCCACUAGCAGCACUAGCACAAGUAAGACAACAAUAAGUGCGCCUGCUACGUUAAAUAGUCAGACGCAAAAUGCCUCUACUAGCCUGUAUACGCCACAACAGCCGCAGUCGCAGCCGCAACCUCAGCCAUAUCCGUAUCCCUAUCCAUAUCCCACUUACAAUCGACGCGCCUACAUGGGCUACAAUCCAACACACAGCUAUCGUCCAGCAUAUCCCUAUCCAGACUACACGCUCUAUAAGACCGCACCUGCCUCUCGCUUCAGUAGUCAUGGCGGUCAAAUACAAUUUGUACCUUGCAUGUGUCCGAUCAGCGUGAGUUCGGGCGCGGAAAGGCAUACAGCGUUAUCGCCACAGUUACGCAGCUCCAGCGGCGAAGAGGAAGAUUUAUUAGUGUUGGCGCGUAAUGAUGAUAUGAGUUUACCGGCAGAGCCGAGCGUGGGAACUGAGAAGUUGGUGCAAGGGAAAAAUGAAACUGUUGGAGGCAGAAAUGGCAUAGAAGUGCAGCAAGUGAAAGCCAAGAUUGGUCAUGGAGAAAGUGAAGUUGCACAGAAUUCCACACAACAGUUGUCAAAAGAGACCGUAAACGUGAAACUGAGUACGCCCAAAGUUGAAGAGAAGUUUUAUGAUGGCGUAGCGAAUGUGAGUGAGCAGGCGGUGAUAGUCUUAUAAUAUAUUUCUAAAUAAUAAUUAAAUAAUUUUAGUUAAAAUAUGCACAAAAUAAAAUUAAAUUUC